AUGUCUAAUACAGAAGAUUUUAGUGAUUCUGGUUCUGAAUAUCAGCCUAUUCCUGGAGAAAUUCAUACAGAAUCUGAAACAGAUACAAGUUGUGACGAAAAUAUUAUGAUGCCGUCUAGUCUAUCAGAACCUGGAACAUCUAAAUCUAGAAAAAGAAAAAAAACAACCUGUGGUUACGACUUCAACUGGCUGAAUAUUAUAAGAUGGCUGAGGUUUGAGAGGAAUCAUCCUUUACAAUUUCAAUUUAAAGACACGCUCAACGCUGACAUGCCCUCCUUCAAAGUAGAUCUAUCAAAAAAGCAACAAGGACGACCAGCUUACUUGUACAAUAUUCAACAAGGCCCACUCUAUCCUUCAAGAAGGCCAGUCACUAUUGCUAAGAAGAAGGAUAUGCUUGAUCAUCUCCCAUACAUUCCACCAAUUUACCAUCAAUUUUACAAAAACCUUACUGUAGACAUUCCAACACGGUCAAGCACACGUAAUGCUGAUGAACGUUCGUCUGAUGACGAAAUAACCUACGAUUAA